AUGGCUACCUUGACCACCACGCCGCCGCCCCCUUCUGCAUCAACUCCCAGAUCCGCUCAGAGGAAACCUCUGCCUAUACCGAAUCUGUCUCCCAGGCGAAAAGAACGAUCCGAUCCUUCCGAUGGAGUUGCCAAAGAUGGCGCGGAGGCUUUGCCAAUAAUAAGAGACGCCCCUGUAUCGCCUGUGAGGGUGAAAUUCCAGCCCGAGGACUGGGCUCGGCCAGGAAACGCCAGUAUUGAAGGAGGUCAUGCAGAUCUCGCGAACCCCGAGGUGGCGCCACCGCCUCCAACUCAUAGUCCCACGUAUAACCGGGCCAGGCCCACGAAAGGGUCACCGUCGAAGAAGCAGAGUCUCGGUAAGCCUUUACCGGCAACCUUUGCCGUUGAUCUCCCGCAUAGAACGAGGCAAGAGGAACUUCUCAGUCCGACCAUCAUCUCAACUGGCUCGGAACAAAGAUACGUGGGCGGUGUGGCCGCGCCGGAGCGCGAUGGCAGGAGCAUCAGCAACACUCCACGUGGUGACGAUCCGAAUCGACGUAGCCGGGAAUCGGAUACAACCGCAAGCACGCAUCAACAUGGAUCAACCGACUCAUCUGUCGAGACAAGUGCAAGCUCAGUCUCGGGUGGCCUCAACGAGUCAUGCGAGCGUCAGGUGCUCUCCGUGUCGGAUGGUACAUCCAAGAAGACAUCCAUCGCUGAAGGUGUCAUACCCGAGAAUCAAUCCAUCCCGCAACUUCAAUAUCACCAUCAGCCUUUUUUGCCUCGGGUUUCCAGCGUACCGCUGGAGUCUUAUUCGAGGAAUUCGUCCAAGUCGGAUCUGGUCGAAAAUGGCAUGGCUGUCAAUCGGCAUCUAACCCCGAACUCGUUCAACGUGCGAAGGAGCUCGAUGCCUCGACCACAAUCGUCAUACUCGUAUUAUUCCGAAUUCGGCCCUCGUGGGCGGUCUCCAGGUUUGGGGGGUGGUCAUCCUCGGGCUCCCUCAUCUCAAUCCCGUAGAUCACCAGAGACGAGACCUAUAUCAUAUGCAGAAUUGCUGAAUGUCCCAUACCCUCAGCCAGCCCCUGCGCCCAUCACCUUUGACAACUCACAAUUGCGAAACAAUGUAGGGAAUAAUGCUUCCUUGCUGAGUGCGCAAAAGACUCUUGAGAUGUAUCGGCAGAACGUCAAGAAGACGAAUGAUUUUUCGAUACAGUACUCAUUCGCCGUUUUUCUAAUCUCGACCGCCCAGGAACAAGGUCUAAACUACGACGAACCUUCACGGACAAACCCCAGUCCAAAGGGAGGUCCGAAGGGAGAUGGGGCUGAGUCCUCACCGACAGAGUUGGUCCGCGAAGCUAAAAGUAUUCUGACAAGGUUGGCCAAUGGGGGUUAUCCCUUUGCACAAUACUAUCUCGCAGAUGGUUACGCGUCAGGCCUGUUCAAUAAGGGCAAAGAGGACUACAACGCCGCAUUUCCUCUGUUUGUCCUGGCUGCGAAGCACGGCCACGCCGAGUCUGGUUAUCGCGCUGGUCUGUGCUACGAGUUUGGGUGGGGCUGUAGAAAAGAUCCAGCCAAAGCAGUUCAGCAUUUGAGGACAGCUGCAUCGAGAAACCACCCUGGCGCCAUGACGAGACUUGGAAAGGCAUGCUUGUCCGGGGAUCUGGGGGAGAAUCGGUACAGGGAAGGCGUGAAAUGGCUGAAGCGAGCCACCGAGUCCGCCGACGCCAUGUACAAUGCAGCUCCGUAUCAUCUCGGCACACUAUACGAGACUGGCUUCGGCGACGAUAUCUUCAAGGACGUAAGCUAUGCUGCUGAGCUUUUCACGCAGGCAGCCGAGCUCGGACAUCCCGAAGCGAGUUAUCGGAUGGGCGAUGCUUACGAGCAUGGCAAGCUGAAUUGCCCGCGCGACCCGGCCUUGAGUGUUCAUUUCUACACCGGCGCAGCAGACCAUGGGCAUGCGGCAGCCAUGAUGGGUCUCUGCGCCUGGUACAUGGUCGGAGCGGACCCCAUUUUGGACAAGGACGAAGAAGAAGCUUAUGAGUGGGCUCGCCGGUCUGCAGAGCUCGGCUUCGUUAAAGCAGAGUACGCAGUGGGUUACUUCACUGAGAUGGGUAUCGGGUGCCGCCGGGAUAUUCUGGAGGCAAACGUAUGGUAUGUGAAGGCAGCUGAUUCCGGUGAUGACCGAGCAAAGCAGAGAUUGGCGGCUAUUCGUGCUGCUGUGAGCGGUGAUGGUGGUACGCCGAUGGACGUUGCGCCACCGCGCAACCCGAAGAUGAAGAAGAGCCAAACCAAAGACGAUAAGGACUGCAUGGUGAUGUGA